AUGUUUAAAAAAGAACUUACUGAGAAACUAAUGAUCAAGAUAGUUCAAGCCAAGAAGGGCCUCCUCACGCUCACAGUGCGCACCCGCCUCACGGCCCCCCACUCCCUGCCCAGCCACCUGUCUCCGCCGCUGUGCCGCUCCCUGAGCUCCAGCACCUGUGCCAACAAGGACAGCAGCCCCUUCACCGCAGAAAGCCCUGUGGCUCCUGCCAACACUGCCAAGCCCAAUUACAGAAUCAUGGUGGAAGUGUCUCUGAAGAAAGAGGCUGGCGUUGGCCUGGGGAUCGGCCUGUGCAGUGUCCCCUACUUCCAGUGCAUCUCGGGCAUCUUUGUUCACACGCUGUCUCCUGGGUCUGUGGCGCAUCUGGAUGGACGGCUCCGGUAGGUCUUUGUUUCUGUUUUUGGAAAAACCCCGAUUUACGGCGGAGGGAAGGAUCACCUUAGAAUGUCAGGAACUUGCUUUGAAGAUGAGCUGUUCAGAUGAAUGAUACAGACAGGGCUCAGAGCCCUGUUCUCAAAGUGUGGUCCCUAGAACAGCAGCAUCAACACCACCUGGGAGCUUGUCAGAAACGCGGAAUCUCAGGCCCUGCCCCAGACAUGCUGAUUCAGAAUCUGCAUUCUAAGGAGGCGCCUG